AUGACAGAAGCUGCUUUCCCAUCAUCAUCAUCUUCCUUUACUACUAAUAUUACUAUUACUCCUGCUGCUGUUGCUAUUGAUGGUAAUUCUACUGUAGGAGGAGAGAAACCAACACGACACAAGAUUGUUCGAUCUCUUUCAACUCCAGUGGAUACUACAUUUAUUAGUCCUGAUAUUGUGGCUGCUAAUACACCAGAUGCUUUGAGAGCGGAGGCUAUUCGCCGUAUGGAGUCUUUUGUAUUAAUGACUAUUCAUGAAAUUGUAUCUUCACAACAACAACAACAACAAAAAGAUAAAUAUACAGAAAAAUUAUCAUCAAUACCUCCUGCAAAGCGAUCUCGUACAAGUGGUAGUGAUAUGAAAGUAAAUCUUCAAGAUAAAAAUACAUCUGAAACUUUUUCUUCUUCAGUAAUGUUGCCGGAGAGUCGUCUUCGUGUGAUUCAACAACAACUACUCGUUCUUCGACUUCUUUACAAUAAUCUUCAUGUUGGAGUUAUUAGCACUCAACGGGAUAUUUAUUACCGCCUUGCACGACUUGUGCCGGAUCAGGGAUGUGUAAAUCGUAUUAUUCAACAACUUGUGCAAUUGCUGCAUACACCCAGACAAUGGCUUGGUGUUGUGCCUGGGACUCGUGGGUGUAUUGGCGGUUGUGUGAGUUUUCACGGUGUGGAUCUGAGGAGUUACGGUUCGGAAGGAUUGCCACUACCCAUUCAUCAGGAGGAACUACACGUCUCUCCACAUUUCAUGUAUAAACGUAUAAAUGAAAGAAAUACAAAUACAGCAGGAAUAUAUAAUAAUAAUAAUAAUAAUAAUAAUAAUAAUAAUAAUAAUAAUAAUAAUAAUAAUAAUGUUAAAGAGGGAUUUGAACUUUUUGAUGAAAUACGUUAUAUUAUUGUGAUUGAGAAACAUGCUGUAUUCUUUCGGUUAAUGGAGGAACAACUCUUUAAACGUAUUCCAUGUGUACUUCUCACUUCUCAUGGUUUUCCAACAGUGGCGGCACGAACACUAUUGGCGAAUAUGCACACUGCCGCUCCACACAUUCCUGUAGUUGCACUUGUGGAUUACAAUCCAAGUGGUCUUUCUAUUCUACAACAAUAUAAACAUGGUACAGGCCAGACAAAGGAGGGUCAAUAUAUUGCUGUACACGCCAUUCGUUGGCUUGGUUUGCGUUCUUCUCACAUUCUUCAGAAGGAGAAUUCUCCUCCUAUUAAUACUACUACUAUUAAUCCUAAUUCUAAUUCUAAUUCUAAUUCUAAUAUGAGUUUACGUCUUGCUGCUCAUAUUCCUUUUCAACGCUUUACGCAUCGUGAUUCUGUGAUGUUGACAAAUCUCCUCACGAGAUGGCGGGCUGCUUUUGAAGUAGAUGAUGUGAACAGGAGAACUGCGGUCUCUGAAGUGUGGUAUGAGGAGGCACUGAGGAUGCAAAAACUGCAAGUAAAGGUGGAAUUAGAAGCACUAUAUGAUCACAGCCCAGAUAAAAUAAUGGAAGAAGAAAAAGAAGAAGAAACAACAACAACAACAACAGCUGCAGGGGAAGCAGAAAUAAUAAGAAGAAUAUCUUCUUUACAUAAGGUUUCAGAUCAUCACAGUUUCGCGUCUUGGGUUUGUCGAACUAUUCUCCGACAGGACUACAUAUGA